AUGAGUAUGUUUGGAGCGGUGAAGCCACCCGACCAACCGGAUGCGGUCGUGCAAAACACCCAGACCGAUGGCAUCUCGGCGCUGGCGUGGUCACCCGCCGCGGACCUGCUCGCCGUCGGGUCCUGGUCGAACCAAGUGCGCAUCUUCGAGGUCGGACCCAACGGGCAGAACCAAGGGAGGUCCCAGUACACCCACGAAGGGCCCGUGCUCGACGUCGCGUGGAGUAAGGACGGCACCAAGAUCGUCUCCGGGGGAGCCGACAGCGCGGGUCGGGUCUAUGACUUGGCCACCGGUCAGACCACCCAGUUCGCGGCCCACGACGCCCCAAUACGAUGCGUCAAGUGGCUCGACAUACCCGGCUCACCGAUGGUCGUCACCGGGUCCUGGGACAAGGUUCGUUGGCUCUCCACUGCAGCCGCACCCCCGCGUUGGCUCUCGACGGGAUCAGCUAACUCACCUCCCAUCUUGUGCGACGCCGCGCGCAGACAUUGCGGUAUUGGGAUAUGCGACAACCCACGCCAGCGGCGCAGGUGCAACUACCAGAGCGAUGUUACAGUCAGUCGAGCACUCGGUGAUUGGUGCGCGAGCACACUCGAGCUGAUUCAUCCUCGGACCCCUGUCUUUGUGCUACCUGACCGACGCUUCUUCACCUAGCCCUGGACGUGACAUAUCCGCUCAUGGUCGUCGGAACGGCUGAACGACACUGCCUCAUCUUCAACCUCAGUGCGUUCCCGGUCUCUAGGCUUUUUGUUUUCAAAGGCUCCCCUGAGCGUGGAAACCCCGACUCUCUCCCUUCGACCUACCAGACCAACCCACAACACCCUUCAAAACAAUGACCUCGCCGUUGAAGAUGCAGACGAGAUCCUUGGCGACUUUCCCCGACGGUGACGGGUACGCGAUCACGAGUGUCGAGGGCCGUGUCGCGAUUCAGUACGUCGACGACGCCAAGAGCUCCAACAACUUUUCCUUCAAAUGCCACCGAGCCGAUAUUUCGGUACGUCGCCAAAUACGGUAUGGAGGGGAAACCCGGGAUAGGAUGGUGUAUACUGAAAUGAUCGCCGUCAAAUCUUCGUUCGACGCAGAAAACGCCCGGGUUCAAAACGGGCAGUCAGUCGGUCUACGCGAUAAACGAAAUCUCGUUCCAUCCCCUCGGAACAUUCUCCACAGCAGGUUCUGACGGGGUGAUCAAGUGCGUCCUAUGAUGACGUCAUCAUGUGCAGUCUUUUGUCCUGGGUGCUGAGCGUGCUCCUUUGUUCACAGCAUGUGGGAUCAUACCUCGAGGACGCGCCUAAAGACGUGGACCUUGAACGAGGGCUCGGUCACAGCGACCGACUUUAGUCGGACGGGGCAGUACUUGGCUUGUACGUGCAUGCUACACUACUUACCAGCCUUCCGAUCAUGCUCGCUGAACGGGAUGCUUUCAAUACUUGGCAGAUGCAAUUUCUUACGACUGGUUCGUCACGACUUGCGCUUCGCAGCUCUUGCUGCCGGCCGGAGACCCCGGAGACCGUAUGCUCUACCGACAUCUGACGGACUCUUCUUCAUCCCAUUGCUCUGCAGGUCGAAAGGUCACAACGGAAACGGUGAGUUGUCCUAAUCCGGAAUCUCGAUUUCACGAGACUUUAGUCUCGGUCUCGGAAGGAAAAUCUGUUGUGCUGACCCCCCCCCCGAGCUAUUCCUUCGUCCAGUGCCGAACCAUCCCAACAAAGUCUGCAUCCACACCUGCACCGAGGAGGAGGUCAAGAAGCGUCCUAAAAAGUAG